ACCUACAAAACUAAAACAAACUACAUAAUUUUGUGUAACAAUUUCACAUUAUAAUAAUAAUUCUCAUUAAAUCCAUCAUUUUUUUUAAUAAUUCAAUAAUUAGAUAUCAAAAAUGGCUAAGCCAACUCGUGAUAUACUUAAAAUAAUUUUUCAAAAUUUUUUCAAUUCCUUUAAACCACGACAAAUUUCUGGCAAUUACAUGGGCGAGGAUUAUUUCGGGAAUAAAUAUUUUGAAAUUCCGGCAAAUCCUUCAAUUGGAAAAAGAAAGCCUUCCCGAUGGUUUGAACCAGCAGAUAAAGAAGCCUUCGAUCAAGAAAUGACCGCCGAAUGGGAGGCAUGGUUAAGAUUCCGAAGGGAAGAACCACCAACAAGAGAAGAACUUGUGCGCAAUCUACAAAUAAUUGAAUUGAAAAAACGAAAUGCAGCGGAGCUCGAUAAAAUUCACGGCACGUCAGAGGAGAGGAAGACCAAAUCAGAAAUUGGCUUCGAAUCGUUUCCCAAAUAUAGCGAAUAUGAGUCUAUUCCUGGACAAGAUCCAGAAAAGAAAGGUUAAUCAAAUCAAAAUACCCAUAAUCUUGUUUUAAUUUUACAAAAAUAAAAUGUUUAUUUAAUGUUUUCAAAAGUCUACCAA